AACUAGUGUUGGCAUAAGAUAUAGCAGGCUGUCAGGAAACCCCUUAAUGACCCUGGCCUAUUGCUCGAUUUCAUAGUAUUUUAUUACCAACUCUACUACUACUAACCAAAUUAGUCUAGCACUACAAUAUUAAUUUUCCUUCAUUCUGAUCUUCUCCCCACCUCAAACUCUGUUAGAGGAGGUCCAAGGUCCCUUCACCUUCAGAUGUUCUCCGCCAAUGUGUUUUGAGAAGGAAUAGGUAGAAUGCAAGGAAAGAUUGAGGUUCACUCUUGGAAUCUCUUCUGAAGUCUGCCUUCCAGAUCUGGCAGCAGGCUCACCCACAAGAAGGGCCAAGGACAAGAGGAUCCGCUGUGGCAGCCGCCUGGCAUGUGUACUUAACGUCAUGGGUACUCCUCCGUCUGCCACUAACUCGUCAUCUCUCUACUACCUUAGUCUCUUUGCCUCUGUCCCUGGCCUGCUUUCCCUCACUCCAUCUGUUUCUCCCAUCUGCUACCAUAAAAGUUAGAGCAAAGUUUAGCAAAGCAAGAAUCUGUAGAUAUAUGCUGGUAAACUAAGGCAGACAAAGUUCAUUCAGACCCCUUGACCUUUUUUACAGUACAUCCUUAUUCUAAAAUGUAACCCCCCGCCCCCUUCCUUAUCAAUCUACACACAAUACCCCAUAAUGACAAAGCAAGACAUUUUGCAAAUGUAUUUAAGAAAGAAGCCUGAUUUGGUGGAUUGCUGCAGAGAUGGUUGUCCUCCUGGAUGGUUCUCCCAUCUCCACAGAGGAACUCUGACAGAGUGACCAUCGUGUUCUUGGUCACCUCCCUGGACCAAGGCCCUUCUCCCCUGAUUGCUCAGUUUGGCUGGGCAGCCAGCUGAGUUCUAGGAAGAGUCUUGGUGGUUCCAAACCUCUUCCAUUUAAGAAUGAUGGAGGCCUCUGUUCUUGGGGACCUUCAAUUAUGCAGAAAUUUGUUGAUACCCUUCCCCAGAUCUGUGCCUCCUGUCUCGGAGCUCUACGGACAAUUCCUUCAACCUCAUGGCUUGGUUUUUGCUUUGACAUUCACUGUCAACUGUGGGACCUUAUCUAUAGACAGGUGUGUGCCUUUCCAAAUCAUGUCCAAUCAAUUGAAUUUACCACAGGUGGACUCCAAGUUAUAGAAACAGCUCAAGGAUGAUCAAUGGAAACAGGAUGCGCCUGAGUCUCAUAGCAACGGGAUUGAGUACUCAUUUACAUAAGGCAUUUGUUUAAAAAAUAUAUAUUUAUCUUUGCUAAAAAAAAUCUCAACUUCUUUCGGUUGGUCAUUAUUUAGUAUUGUGUGUAGAUUGAGGGGGAAAAUGUAAUAUAUUUUAGAAUAAGUCUGUAAUGUAACAAAAUGUGGAAAAGGGGAAGGGGUCUGAAUACUUUCCGAAUGCACUGUAUAUGUAGCAACCAAGGCAGACAUUAGGGUGUGAGAGUUAAGUUCACUGGAUGAACAAAACUAUUAACCUUUUAAACGUCUAGCUAUAGAAAUAAAUAAAAAAUAACCCAAACAACCAAGUUUUAUAAUUGAGAUUGUAUUUUACUUGUAUUACCAACAGUAUAUUUCCAUCAGUCAAUGUAUAGACAUGAUCAGGUACAAAGUGGUGGAAGGCUGAUGGAUCAUGGUUAGACGUUUCCACAUAGGAUCUUGACCUGUUAUUGCAUCAAUGAAUCCGUUUACUUCAAUUGGCAGCUAUUCUAAAGAAAAUGCCCCCACCCACCACUCUGAUAUUGAAAAUAAACUGAACUAACCAAAUUUAAGAAAUGGGAACGGGUCAUUCCAAGUCAUCAUUGAAAUCGACAUGACAUGCUUGUUUCUUUCCUACACUGGUUUGUUUGCGACCCUGUAGGUUCUAAUUAAAUAAGUAGCGCUUACGUCUUCAGCUAAUCUGCCUGAGAAGCUUGGAGGGUCAUCUGUUAAAUCCCCAUAAGAGGGACUAGUGCGCAUUUGUCCGGUAAAGUGGCUAGUCUCAACCUCAAACAAUGCUGUCACUGUGAGGAAUUAUUUUGAGUACUUGACUUUAUUGGAUACUGCAAAUAGACAAUAUUUACAGGUCUGAAGAACAGCUCAUCAGUCAAUUUCCUCCAGUCAGUCAGCUGAGAGAUACUGAAACGCUACUAGUGCUCAAAGCAGCACACACACACACAACUAGAUGGAUCUUAUGGUGGAUCUUAAGUCCCUGGGUGAUCCCAUCAAGCAGUUCAGCGACUAUGUGUCAGGGACGGGGACCAAACCGGACAACAAAAUAGGCACCAAAAAGAGCACAGGGGCCAGACGGAAGAGUGUAGUCGUGAGCACAGGGGCCAGACGGAAGAGCGUAGUUGUAGUCCGGAGGCACAGCAUAGUCAGGAGGAAGAGUGUCCCUUGCGCCAAAACUUGCACCAAGCAGAGAGCCGUACCAGACUCCUGGCUCAGUGCAUACCAGGCUGACAUUCAGAGAGAACGGAAACUGAGAGAGAAGAAGAUUGCAGAAAGGUCCAUCAGAAGGAGGAGUCAGCAUUUCAGGAGCCAGCACUGCCUCCAAAAGAGUAAGACUAAUGCCAGGAGGAACCAGAAAUCUGUGAAGGAUGAUUCGCUGUUUGGUGCCUUCCAGGGGCUCAGUCUGAACGUGACGGGAGGUGCCCAGAGCUCGAUGGCCUCAGGCGGGGACCAGUGUAAAAUAAUGUGAGGCAAAAGACUUGACUCAUAUAACCAGGCCUAGGCUUCCAGGGCCGAGGCAACAUAUCACCUAUCACUUUAAUCUCGUUCACCAGCAGGCUCUCUGUUGACAUGUGUAUGGGAUAACAAUUGAGACUGGGGACGAGGUUACCUACACUUUCCCUUGAGACAUUCUGAGAAGACUGAACUACGGGGAAAAACAACAGGUCUUGUGUUGAUGAGAAAUCACAAUGAAGCCAAAGUUUUAAAGGUAGACUCAACAAUAUGAUGUAGGUGCAGAAAGUAAACAGAAUAUUGGGUCAAUUUACGCAACAACUGGGCUCCUGAGUGGUGCAGCGGUCUAAGGCACUGAAUCUCAGUGCUCGAGGCAUCACUACAGACCCUGGUUCGAUUCUGGGCUGUAUCACAACCGGCCGUGAUUGGGAGUCCCAAAGGGUGGUGCACAAUUGGCCCAGCGUUGUCCGGAUUAGGAUUUGGCCGGGGUUGGCCGUCAUUGUAAAUAAGCAAUUUGUUCUUAACUGACUUUGCCUAGUUAAAUAAAACCUCUUUAUUUUUUAAUAUGGUAUUUGACAGUAUCAAAAUUGUCUAUGAAAAAAUAAUUCAUGCAUUUUUAUCAAUUUAGGGUUAGGCAUAAGGUUAGCAGUUAGGUUAAAAAUCACUUUUUGAGAAGAGAAAUUGUACAAAUAGGUGGAGUUUAUGACUUUGUUGCUGACUUUGUUACUAGUUACGACCCUCUAACAGCUUGAAGCAAACCUGUGCGCAUGUGCAAAUACUGUGUGAGAGCGUCAUCUUGCAUCCCCCUAUAUCCCAAUAUCUGCGGUGCUGCUCGUGGCAACGUCAUUUUGCUGUGUCUACCUUUUCAGUUGGUUUAUUAAAGAUGAAGGGGGUAAGUGCACUAGCAUAUCAGACAACACAAGCUCUGGGGGAGGGCCAUGCGCCUGUCAUCAAUGUCUAUUUUUUAUUUGGUUUAAUAAAUAAUUUUUACAGUAACCCUGAAGUCAAUCAUAAACCUUUUCAAUGUCCAUAUGUAUUAAGAAGCUAAGUGUUUGUUUUUUGGGCUUCAGUAAUGUGACUGAAAAAAGUGCCUCAGGCCUUGUAGCAACUGUAAUGACUGCCAAUAAUGUACUAGCUGCUAAUAUAAUAACUUUUGCAUUCAUAAUGUAAUAAAAUCUCAACUAAUA